AAUUCCUCGCACGGCCUUCAUUAUGAACUUCUCUUUCGGUAUUUCUAGAGACGAGGAUUUUAAAACAGUUCUGAAUUUGCGCAGUAGAUGGCAGCAUCACACCAGUUUUCCCCACACUGAGUCGCGUGUUGAUGACUCGACUUCUCCCACUUUGUGUUUUUUUUUUCCCCAGCAGACGGCUGGGACUGCCGUACGAGUUACGGGUCAACAUUUUCACACACACAAGCGAGCAGGAAAAACAGGAGAAAAAGCGAAAGAGGUGGAGGAGGAGAGUCGAUGAGCAUCGAACUGGGGUGAGAGGUGAGACCCACGAGUGCGACAGGAGAGGAGAAGAGCAGAGCAAAGGAAAGAAACCUCCUUCCCAGGUCACAUGGCCAUUGAGUGGGGGUGUCUAGUGGCCUCCAGUUUAGGUCCGUCCAUGUGAGAAGGGAAUCUUGGAGUAGAAGAGUAAACGCUUUUGGGGGAAGAGAAGAGUUUUCCAUGGAGCAGAGGAUGACAUGGAGGCACGCGUUAAAGAAGAGGACUGUGAGUGGGGUGCACCCGAGCAACUGUGUGUGAAGCUGGAGGACUGUGAAGGAAGCAUUGGCCUUGUUAAAGAGGAGUCUGAAUGGGGGGCCAAUGAGAUUAAAGACGAGGAUUCCAAGGAGUUCCCGGUUAGCCUUGAACUGCCUAACCAUGAAACUGGCAAUGCUUUCAAGCAAAACCGUUACGGAGGACCUCACACCGGUUUGCACAAUGUGGGGCAACAGGCGACACAGCAGACUUCCAUGGAAGCGAAAUCUGAGAUGUGUGGGCUGGAAGAGAAAGACAGUGAAGGAGAAGAGCAGCAGCCAUCUGGUAGUGCUGGAAUAAAUUUCCAGGAGAAUGGCAGCUUCUCCUCAUCUUCCUUUACUUGGCGAUCUCUUCAGAGCAGACCGAAGCAGAAACCGAACAAUGAGAAGGUGAUAAAGUGCCCAAGAAGAUCAGGGAAUGUGACCCCAACCUCUUUCUUGUUUAGCUCUUUUCCUGCUGACAAACCAUCAGAGACCGAUCAUCAAGAAGGGGUAACUGCAGAAGAGGCUCUGUACGCCUGCCAAGAGUGUGGGAACACUUAUAAAAACAAAUCUGACUGUGAACAUCAUGAGUUGAUUCAUAUGAGACGGAGGCCAUAUUCCUGUUCUGAACGUGGCAAACUCCCGAGUCUUCAAAAGCACAGUAGAAUCGACGCUGGUGAGAAAAGUUAUUGCUGUUCUGAGUGUGGCAAACGAUUCUCCAAUAAUACCAAUCUUUGGGAGCACAUACGGAUUCACACUGGAGAGAAACCGUACUCCUGUUCGGAAUGUGGCAAAGGAUUUUCCCAAAGCGGCAGCCUCCAGAAGCAUGUGAGAAUGCACACUGGAGAGAAACCUUACUGUUGUUCAGAAUGUGGCAAUAGAUUCUCCCAAAGCAGCAGUCUUCUGGAACACUUAAAAAUUCAUACUGGAGAGAAGCCGCAUUGUUGUACCGAAUGUGGGAAAAGCUUCUCCAAAACAAGCCACCUUCAACGCCACCUCCGGAUUCAUACCGGCGAGAAACCUUACUGUUGUACCGAGUGUGGCAGGCAGUUCUCACAAGCGAGCCAACUUCAGAGCCACCUUGCAAUUCACACUGGAGAGAAACCCCACUGCUGUCUGGAAUGUGGCAAGCGAUUCUCACACAGCAGCACCCUUUGUAAACACAUGAGAAUUCAUACUGGAGAGAAGCAUCACUGCUGUUCUGAAUGUGGGAAGCGUUUCUUAGAAAUGUACAAUCUUCAGUGUCACAUCAGAAUUCACACCGGAGAGAAACCCUUUUGUUGCCCGGAGUGUGGUAAACGAUUCUCAACCAACAGCAGCCUUCGUAACCAUAAAAAUACUCACACUGGGGAAAAGCCACAUAUGUGCUCUGAGUGCGGCAAGGGUUUCUCAAACAGCAGCAAUCGUAACAGACACAUGUACAGCUCACACUGGAGAGAGAAAAAGUAACAAAAUACGAUCUUUACGGUUUCAUUUAAAGGGCGUGUGUCACUCCCACCUGAACCUGUGAUCUCCAUUUCAACUGCACUCAGGGCUCCAAACAAAAGCCUUUCCAUGAUGGUGUGGUAAACUUGAAGGGGAGCCCUCAUUGUCAGUUUGCACACUGAUGGAGAGACCAUCUUUCAAACCUGUUGGGGGGGGGGGGGGGGGGGCGCGGCAGCUGAAACACAUCCCAGCAUGCAUUGGGUGCAAUGUUAGAAACAAUUCCUGGAAGGGGUGUCUCCAAAGAUGUUCAAGUCAAGGUUUUGGCUGAGACACUCAAGGACGUUCCCAGAGUUGUCCCUGAGGAGGAGGAAGAGGAGGGGGUUGUGAGGAGGCACUGAUAGCGCUUUGCUGCAAGCCCCCCCCCCCCCCCCCCAACCACACACACACACACACAACGAAUCACCUGGAUUGGGAUGUCCCUAAGCCACUCCUGUAUUGUCUUUGCUUUGUGAACAUUCAUCCCAGCACAGUCUGAGGUCCAGAGUGCUAUAAGCUGGUUUUCAUUAAGGACACCUCUGCACUUUGCUCAGUUCGAUCAGCUCUGCCAGUCCCUGACGCCACCAGUGCCAGGCUUUACCACUGGAAUGGUACGCACAGGUGACAAGUGCUGCCUGGAGUCCACCAGAUGAGAGACUUGCAAUUGAGGCCAAACCAUUCAGUCUCUGUUUCAUCAGACCAACAAAUCUUCCUUCUCACAGUCCGAGAGUCUUCAGCAUGGCUUUCUGCAAACUCCCGGUGGGCUUCUCAUGUGUCAUCUGGCCACUCUGCCACCAGUGUGGACCACCAUUACUGCAACAUUGUUAUGGUAAUCAGGUUAUGGGUCAGCUCUUCUCACAUUGUUGCUCAGUUUGGUCAGGUGGACAGCUCUAGGAAGACCUUUGGUUGGUUGUUGCAGACUUCCUCCAUUGAAGAAUAUCGCGGACCACCCACCGUGCUCCUCCAGUGACGUCACCUUCCCCAGAUCCGCGCCUCGACACAAUCCUGCCUCCAAAUCUCUUCAGCUGACUCCUUGGACCUCGUGGCUGUGGGACUCAAGUAUAGGCAGACGUGGCCCUUUUCUAAUCGGUCCAGUCGCAGACUCCAAACAUCUCAAUGAUGAGCAAUAUGGUGACAGCGGAAGCUCUGACCCCCUUGUGUCAAUGUCACAUGUCACUUUUGUUUUUUCUUUAGUAAAGUUGGAAACAGAAGAAUAUCCUGAAAUCCCGUUUUCUUGCUUUGUCAUUCUGAGGUAUUGAGUGUUGCUUGAUGAGGGGGGGAAAAAAACAAAGUUAAAGGAUUUGAGCAGAAAGAUGUGACAUAACAAAAUGUGACAAAAAGUGAAGGGGGGGCCGAAGAGUUUCUGUAGGCAAAAUGACGAGGGGCUUUCUUUCUGUUUCGCAUUUGCGCUGUUUUCUUUGAACUUCUUAUUUAGUGUGUGAGCUUCCACUUCAAUCACGUUGUCAAGGAGAGGAGCACAUAUUGGCUUCUAUGGCCUGUUCUUGUACUUUAUGUCUUGGUGACAGUUAGUGAUCACCAGACGUUCCACGUGCAAACCCAAGUGGGCCACCUCGAUCUGGGACCCCAGUGCUGCCGUUUAGCAGGCGACGCCUCAGCACCACACCAGUUCUGAUCCCCGACAGGCCCAACCUCUCCAACA